CUGGGUUGAGGAGUUGUGAAUGCAAGGACAGGGAACUUUGUUCUUCAUACCCUGUGCAAAGAGGAGCUAGUGGAAGGACUUGAAGAGGAGGAUUACUUCCUACUGGAGAAGAGGCGGUUGCAGUAUGUAAAGCCUAAAAAAAGAGAAAUUAUCCUACAGCCAGGCUCACUCAGCAUUUCUGAAAAGUGUACGGGCUGGUCUUCUGUCAGUUCUGGUACAUUCCUGGAGUUUCUAAUCAGCCUGAAUGGCCCAUUCCCUGUUGCUUCGCUGGAUCGUGCUACAGCUGUGUAUAGCACACGGUGUGUCUGACACGACAGUGAGAGUGAAGGUGGGGCAGUCUGUCAGGCUCCCCUGCACCUACAGCGUUAGAGAAACGCAUGACCUCCAUGUCAUGUGCUGGGGCCGGGGGAUCUGUCCGUCAUCUAAAUGCAGCAGUGAAAUUGUUCGCACCGAUGGGCAGAAGGUGAUAUCUAAACAGUCUGGCAGAUACCAACUCCAGGGUUCUAUCACCAAAGGGGAUGUGUCUCUGACUAUAAGGAAUGUGGACCACGAAGACAGAGGGACAUACUGCUGUCGCAUAGAGAUCCCUGGAUGGUUCAAUGAUAUCAAACGAAACCUGAAUUUGCAGAUUUACAGAGCACGCACUCCUCCCGCAAAGACAACCACAACUGCCGUCCCAACAUCCACUACUCCGCCCCUGAUAACCAGUAGUGCACUCCCAACACCCACUGCUCCCCCAACGACAACCACAACUGCCCUCCCAACAACCUUUCCUUCCCCGACAACCAUUUUUCAGACAGCUUCUGCGUGCACUGAAGAUGAUGAUUUCAUUUUUUUCACAACAGAACACGUUCUCCCUACUGCAGAAUCACCAACUACAGAACUGAUCUCCGAGAGGACUGAAAAUGUCGAUCCUGCUUUCACUACAGAAGGUGUUCUCAGUACAGUGACUGCAGUUGCCACUGUCCAAACAUCUACUGUGAGGCCUGAUCAUGUUCACACAUCCACAGACAAUCCAUUUGCUACAGGGACAGUUCCCCCAGUUAUGGUCCAGACAGUCUCUGAGGCGAGUGAAGUGAAUGCUAUUUCUGAUGCUACAUUUCCCUUGACACCUGCGGGAGACUCGGUGAAAGAGGAACUCAGUGAAGAGACUUCAAAAGAUUCAAAACUCCAGUCGGAGGAAAGUGUAGAUAAUCCAGCACAGCACCUACAGAAUGAAAUUCCAACAGUAAUCAUCAGUGUGGUAGUGACGGUCAUUCUUCUCUUCACAUUCUUGUUGGUAGUGUUAUUGACAUAUAAACGCUGGAGGAAGUAUCAACUGCAUAUGAUAAAAAGCUCAGACUUAUCUGGAGAACAAAUUCCCAACGGAGUAGAAGAAGAGAAUACCCUUUUGACAAUGCAGCAGAUACCUGACGGCCAUUCAGUAUCACAGGGAACAUGUCACGAUCCUGUGGAAUCCAGCAUCUAAAAAAGGCUCUUUCAUGCUAGGCUGGAAAAUAAGGAUUAAUUCCUGGCUAAUCCUGGAAAUACUGAUGGGUUCAAACCAAAACCCAGAUCCAAACACCUGAACUGUGGGGACUGUAAAACCUAGAAGCAGAUUUUACUCAAAGGUUUUUAGGCACCUAAGUUCCAGGGGAUGCCCUGAGGAUCUGGGCCUUUUCCUCUUGAGACAUCUUUAAAACUGCUGGAUAAAGUGGCCUCUAUUAGAAGAUAUUUUACUCAUUGCUUGCAUCUCAGAAUUCUUAGUCUCUUAAACCCCAACCAGGGCCGGCUCCAGGCACCAGCCCACCAAGCAUGUGCGUGGGGCGGCGCCUGGAGGGGGGCAGCGCAGCGGAGCGCUCCGGCCCAAGAGCGGGGCCGCGCCGGGGAGAGCAGAGAGCC